CUGAAAAGUGUUGGACUGUAGUCAACACAGCUGGUGAAAACACAAUGAAAUGGGGCCUGUUUGAAGAAUGUAAAAAGUAACGGUAAAAAGUAAAACAAAUUGAAGCGAUGGAAUUUAAUUUCACUUUUAUAUUGUUAAACCGGCACGGGAAUUAACAUACAAUAUUUAAAUGAAUUAUUCUCUUCGAGGACCAUAGUCAGUUUUUCGGAAAAGCUGUGUUGAGGUUACCGUGUGAACGAUCUGGUCCUUGUGUUACGAAUUCUCCAGCUCCUAACGGGUUGUUCUGGUUCAGCAGGUGAAGGUUCCUCAGUUUCUCCAACCUCACUUCUGACUUCACAAUCAGCAAGGUUAGGGAUGAAGUCGUCCGGCUCCGACUCUGGAACACCUGGAGGAGUUUGUGGGUCUGGAAGCUGCUCGACUGGUCGCGGACUAUAUGGCCGAUAGAAACGAAGUUUCUUCGGUGAUGGCGGGGAAAUAAAAUCCGCUAGCCGCGGUCCAGUCUUCCAGCGUGAUUGAGCGGAUCCAGCUAAAGCUGCCCUCAAAGCUUCCGGUGGUUCUGGUGUUUGGAUUACAGUCAGAAAGAGCAUUAAGUAGUUAUAAGAUCGAUGGCAUCAGGAGAUUCGCAAGACUUGGAUUAUUUCACAGAAAAAAUGGAGUCAGAUGACGAUCGUAUAGACAUAAUUUUGUUGCAAAUGCCGUUGCUUUAGAACGAAGAAGUCGAAGUUGCUGUCUUCGAAACUAUCAUGGAGAAAGAGGAUGACGAAGUAAGUCAUGUUUCGGAAGGUGAAAUGAUGGAAAGUGUGGGAAAGGAGGAAGAAGGAGGCAAAGGUAGUCAAGGUCACGAAGAAAAAAAUAAGAAAGAACAAAGAAGUACAGAGGAAGAAAGACGUGAGGCCAGUAGAGGUGAAAAUGAAAGUGCGAUUGAAAUAGGAAAUGUAGACGAAGAAGCGGAAAAUGUAACGGAAAAAGAAUUGUUGGAGAAGAAAAGGAUAAUUGAUCGCGAGAAAAGGGAAAUUGAACAAAAAAUGAGAGAAAUAAAGGAGAAAAUAAAUGUCGAAGAACAAAAAAGAAAAAGGUCUGCGGAAUUGCUGCGGUAUCGAAGGUAUCCUGAAAACCAGGCUACACAGUUAGUGAAACAAAUGGAGAAGAGGCUAACCGAAGCCAAAAAUGCGGCAAAACAGGCCUACAUGCACGCAUUAGAAAUGGAGAAAAUGGUGAGUCUGGCCCGACAACACGUACAUUUGCUGAUGUGCAGGAGGGUGGCACUCGAACAAUUGGAUAAAAAAAGUGCGAAAACUGAAACAAACGAAUAAAUGAAAAAAAAGGCAAACAAUCUUGUGACUAAACAAUUUAGGCUUUAUUGUUGCUGCAAUGUAAUAACAUCAAACAGUUAUUAAUCCUUAGAGGAGUUUCUACCUCUGUGUAACCGUUCAACAUUCAGGAAAUGAAUGUGAUUGAUUGAUGCAAAAGGGAAGAGUUGUUCAAAGGUGUUGAAACGCAGUCAAUGGUUCUGCAACAAACACAAUGAAUUUGUGGUUUUUGAGGGAUGAAAAAAGGAACAGUCUCAGAAAAGUGUUGGAAUGCAUUCAACGGAACUGAUGGAAACAAAAUCAAUUAGGGUUUAUUUUAAGGAUGCAAAAGAGAACGUUCUGUAGAGUGUGUUGGAACUCAGACAAUGGACCUGGUAAAAACACAAUGGAUUGGAGCUUGGUAGAGGGAUGCAAAAGGGAACGGUCUCUGAAAAGUGUUGGAACGCAGUCAAAGCAGCUGUUUAUAACACAACAGAUUGGUUCUUGAUUUAGGGAUGCAAAAAGGGAACGGUCUCUCAAGUAUGUUGGAACGCAGCCAAUUGAGCUGUUUAUAACUCAAAGAGUUGGUGGUUA